UGUCUUUAUUUUGACAUUCACCAUCUCAAUUUAAAUUUUUUAUAAAAAAAAAUUAUCAAAUGCCCACAAUUUCUUUUUUAAAAACUAUAAAAGUCAUUUAACAUUAACCAUCUACGUUAAUACACGGUUAAUUUCAAAAUAAAUAUGUUAAUCCCGCGUUUAGUGAACCUAACCUCAAAAGUUUUUUCGAAGAAUUCGACAAGAUGCCUCAAUUAUAUUCCGAUGGUGAUAGAACAAACCGGGCGAGGGGAAAGAGCGUACGAUAUCUAUUCUAGGUUAUUAAAAGAACGAAUAGUGUGUUUAAUGGGACCUGUAACGGAUAGUCUAAGUUCUGUCAUUAUAGCACAGUUACUUUUUUUACAAUCCGAAUCUAGUUUGAAACCUAUUCAUAUGUAUAUCAAUUCCCCAGGGGGUUCUGUAACAGCUGGACUUGCAAUUUACGAUACUAUGCAAUAUAUACAACCCCCAGUUGCUACUUGGUGCGUUGGACAAGCUGCGAGUAUGGGUUCGUUGUUGUUAGCCGCUGGAGCUCCUGGAAUGAGAUAUUCAUUACCAAAUUCAAGAAUAAUGAUUCAUCAACCUUCAGGUGGAUAUACAGGACAAGCGACCGACAUUCAAAUUCAUGCCGAAGAAAUUUUAAAAUUAAAAAAGCAAAUUAAUCAGUUGUAUGUGAAGCAUACCGGCAAAGGUUUAGAAUACGUUGAAAGCAAUAUGGAGAGGGAUAAAUUUUUAAGUCCUGGCGAUGCUUUGGAAUUUGGUAUUAUCGAUAAAGUUUUAACUACUACCCCAAAGAAAGAUCGCAAAAGUAACACUAAUACCUUAAAAAGUACACCGAGUCCAACUAUCAUACAAAGUACUAAUAGUGGUGAUGCCGAUGUUAAACCUGAAUUGAGUUAAAUGAAAUAAUUAAGUGGACGUUAUUUAAAUAAAUAAUUUUUUUUU